UUGAGCUCUCUGGACUGGAAAAUUGUAGUGAGUGAGAGUAAACCAAAAAAAAAAAAACCCAACUCUGCGUGUACUAUUCUAGCUAUAGCGCCUGCUUUCUUGCCUGUAUGGGAAUUAUUUUUCAGAAACAGCAGCUUCUUUAGACCCCAGAACGAAUUUAUGAGCUUCAGGAGGCGGAGAAUGGCCCCUCCUCGAGGGUCAGAAGACAGAGGUCAGAGGGCGGAAUUGGCGGGAGAAUGAGUUUGUGGUCCCAGUUUGAGACAUCCGUGAUUCCUUGAGGUUCAAGGUCCUGGGUGAGGAGCGUUGGGGGUUGUUGAUGGGAAACAUGAGUGGCCGAAAGUGAGAAGAAGUGGCCAUCGAGGAGGUAAAGAGACCAGCUAGGGUCUUCAGCCUCAGAGCAGCUGAGAGCAGAGAAUCCUCGCGGCACCUGCAGAGUCUCCAGGCUGCUUUUUAAUUAGGCUGUCUGGCCUCUUCACACAUCACGGUACCAGACACGCUUGUAGCUCCAGCUCACACGCCCCCUCGGCUGGAACUACCUAGUGCAUAGAACUAGGAUCACCUGUGGGCUUGCAGAAGCCUAGAAUGCCAAUUAACUUUAUUUGGAGGCCGGCCGGAAGUUACAAGGAGUAAUGUGAGAACUCCUUGUUCUUCUAGAAACUGAUGAAACCAAAACAUAGGCUGUGCCAAAAUAGUGACAGAAGAAAUCCUGGGAGAAAGCGGUUUGCCUUGCACUUGGGAUAACUGGUAGACCUGUCAUGGCUCCUGUGAAGAUCAGCCACGUGGUAUCAUUUUCCUCUCAGGAUCCCAAAUAUCCUGUGGAGAACUUGCUGACCCCAGACAAUCAGAGGGGACCUUGGCUCAGCUGCCCUCGGGACAAGAGCGGACAACUAAAAGUGGAACUACAGCUGGAGAGGGCAGUGCCCAUUAGCUAUAUCGAUGUGGGUAACUGUGGCUGUGCUUUCCUGCAGAUUGAUGUGGGCCGUUCUUCCUGGCCUCUGGAGAGACCUUUUGUCACCCUGCUGCCAGCAACCAUGCUAAUGUCCCUUGCUGAUUCAAAACAGGGGAAGAACCGCUCAGGGGUCCGGAUGUUUAAAGAUGAUGAUUUCCUGGCUCCGGUCUCUGGAGAGUCAUGGGAUCGACUUCGCCUGACGUGCUCCCAGCCCUUCACACAGCAUCAACCCUUUGGCCUGGCCUUCCUCCGGGUACGUUCCUCUCUGGAUGCCUCGGGUGACCCUGUGGCGGGUCCUUCGGCCCCUGUGAGCUCUGGGCUGAGCCAGGGCUCUUCUGAUGCUCAGGAGUCUGAUCCUAGCCCCUGGCUGGCUAAUCCUUCUAUCCGGAGGACAUUCUUCCCAGAUCCCCCAACGAGCACCAGGGAGAUGGCAGAGCUCAAGGAUUUCCUGAAGCAGCUGCAGCCAGGAGCCCUGGGGCGUUCAGCCCGCAUGGUGCUUUCUGCUGCCCGCAGGGCGCCUUCAGCCAGUUUAACAAACCCAGAGAACAACCACGCAGACCCAGGUCCCAGUCAGCGAGAGUGUCAAGAGCCCAGAGCAGAGGAGCAAAACUCCGAGAAUGACGGGCGCAGGAAGAAGCGGCGGAACGUGCAUCACAGAUCCCUGGCCAACUCAAACUCUCAAUCAAAAAGAAGAACACCAAGAGCAAGGCAAAGAGCACAUCGACCCCAGUCCCAAAACAAUGGCGUCCAGGAUAGGGGACAGUGCCCCAUUUGUGCAGGCUCCUUCAGCGCUGAAAUUCUUCCUCUGCACGCUGCCACUUGCGGAGAGACCUGCCCGCCUCCCCCAGCGCCUCCCUCCUCCUCACCGCCGUGCUUCCCGUCUGUGCUGUGGGUGUCCUCCCCCGAGAGCUCGCCGCCCGUUUCCUGGGUGCAGUGCCCCAUCUGCCAGUUGCACUUUGCAGUGAGCGAAGUCGAAGAACACGCCAGCGCAUGCGGGGAAGCUCUUUGCGGCCCACGGGUGUGGGUUCCUGAGAGCGUGGAAGCUGAGCUGAGGAAGAGCCCCGUCUCCCUGUCUUGCCCUCUCUACUACAUCCAGCCACAGCCUAACUGGACUGAGAUUGUGAACAAAAAGCUCAAGUUCCCACCUCCACUCCUGGGUGCCAUCCAGGAGGGGCGUCUGGGUCUUGUGCAGCAGCUGCUGGAGGCCGGGGUGGAGGCCACGGGCAGCGGGCCAGGUGGGCCCCUGCGGAACGUGGAAGAGGCUGAGGACCGCUCCUGGAGAGAGGCGCUCAAUCUGGCCAUCCGCCUGGGCCAUGAGGCCAUCACCGACGUGCUGCUGGCCAACGUCAAGUUUGACUUCCGGCAGAUCCACGAAGCGCUGCUAGUGGCAGUGGACACCAACCAGCCAGCAGUGGUGCGUCGCCUGCUGGCCCGGCUGGACCGCGAGAAGGGCCGCAAGGUCGACACUAGGUCCUUCUCUCUGGCUUUCUUUGACUCAUCAAUUGACGGCUCCCGCUUUGCACCUGGAGUCACUCCACUCACCUUGGCCUGCCAGAAGGACCUGUACGAGAUCGCACAGCUGCUCAUGGACCAGGGCCACACCAUUGCCCGGCCCCACCCGGUCUCCUGUGCCUGCCUCGAGUGCAGCAACGCCCGCCGCUACGACCUGCUAAAGUUCUCCCUGUCGCGCAUCAACACCUACCGCGGCAUCGCCAGCAGGGCGCACCUCUCCCUGGCCAGUGAGGACGCCAUGCUGGCCGCCUUCCAGCUCAGCCGUGAGCUUAGGCGCCUGGCCCGAAAGGAGCCUGAGUUUAAGCCUGAGUACAUUGCUCUGGAGUCGCUGUGCCAGGACUACGGCUUUGAGCUGCUGGGCAUGUGCCGGAACCAGAGCGAAGUCACUGCUGUGCUCAACGACCUGGGCGAGGACAGCGAGACUGAGCCCGAGGCUGAGGGCCUGGGCCUGGGCCAGGCCUUUGAGGAGGGAAUCCCCAACCUGGCGAGGCUGCGGCUGGCGGUCAACUACAACCAGAAGCGGUUUGUAGCGCACCCCAUCUGCCAGCAAGUCCUGUCCUCCAUCUGGUGCGGGAAUCUGGCUGGCUGGCGUGGAAGCACCACCAUCUGGAAGCUCUUUGUCGCCUUCCUCAUCUUCCUCACCAUGCCCUUCCUCUGCAUUGGCUACUGGCUGGCGCCCAAGUCCCGGCUGGGCCGUCUGCUAAAGAUCCCAGUGCUGAAGUUCCUGCUGCACUCUGCUUCCUACCUGUGGUUCCUCAUUUUCCUGCUGGGAGAGUCCCUGGCCAUGGAGACACAGCUGAGCACCUUCAUCGGCCGCAGCCAGACCGUCUGGGAGACGUCACUGCACAUGAUUUGGGUCACAGGCUUCCUGUGGUUUGAAUGUAAGGAGGUGUGGAUCGAGGGCCUGCGAAGCUACCUCCUGGACUGGUGGAACUUCCUGGAUGUGGUCAUCCUGUCCCUGUACCUGGCAGCCUUUGCCCUGCGCCUCCUCAUCGCUGGGCUUGCCUUUGUGUCCUGCAGGGAUGCCUCUGACAGUGCCGCCUGCCACUAUUUCACCACGGCCGAGCGAAGUGAGUGGCGCACCGAGGAUCCCCAGUUCUUGGCUGAGGUGCUCUUUGCUGUCACCAGCAUGCUCAGCUUCACCCGGCUGGCCUACAUUCUGCCGGCCCACGAAUCGCUGGGCACCCUGCAGAUUUCCAUCGGCAGGAUGAUCGAUGACAUGAUCCGGUUCAUGUUCAUCCUCAUGAUCAUCCUGACUGCCUUCCUCUGUGGCCUCAACAACAUCUAUGUGCCCUACCAGGAGACAGAACAGCUGGGCAAUUUCAACGAGACAUUCCAGUUUCUGUUCUGGACCAUGUUUGGCAUGGAGGAGCACAAGGUGGUGGACAUGCCUCAGUUUCUGGUGCCUGAAUUCGUGGGCCGGGCCCUGUACGGCAUCUUUACCAUCGUCAUGGUCAUUGUGCUGCUCAACAUGCUCAUUGCCAUGAUCACCAACUCCUUCCAGAAGAUUGAGGAUGACGCUGACGUGGAGUGGAAGUUUGCUCGCUCUAAGCUCUACCUGUCCUACUUCCGAGAGGGCCUCACCCUGCCCGUGCCCUUCAACAUCCUGCCCACGCCCAAGGCCUUCUUCUACCUUCUCAGGAGAAUUUUCCGGUUCAUCUGCUGUUGCUGCUCCUGCUGCAAAACCAAGAAGCCAGCCUACCCCUCAAUCCCCACCUUUGCCAACCCAGGGGCAGGGGCAGGGGCAGGGGCUGAGCCUGGGGAGGCAGAGCGAGGAUCCUACCGCCUUCGUGUCAUCAAGGCUCUGGUGCAGCGCUAUAUAGAGACUGCCCGGCGCGAGUUCGAGGAGACCCGCCGGAAAGACCUGGGCAACAGGCUGACAGAGCUGACCAAGACCGUGUCGCGGCUGCAAAGCGAGGUGGCCAGCGUGCGGCGGACCCUGGAGACCGGAGGGACACCCCGGCCUCCCGAUGGUGCCAGCAUUCUCAGCCGCUACAUCACCCGAGUGCGCAACAGCUUCCAGAACCUGGGAGCCCCCAUCCCUGAGACCCCAGAGCUGACCAUGCCCGGGACUGUGGGGACCCAGGACUCUGCAGAAACUGGGGCUCAGGCUCCAGGAGAGGCUGGGACUCCAGCUUCUGGAGAGGACGGGCUCUCCUCCCCCACUCAUGUGCUGGUGCACAGGGAGCAAGAAGCAGAGGGGACCGGGGACCUGCACCCGGAGAAGGAUUCGGGGACUGAGGGGGAGCCCUAAUAGUGGAAAAGCCCCUUCUUCUGUUGCGGAGUCCAACAGCCUAGCCGAGCGGGGUGAGGGUCGCUUAGUAGGAGCCUGUGCUGCUUUACUUGCCCCAAUAAAAUUGCU